AGCAAAGUUUUUUUUUUUUUGAGAAUAUUUCUGAAGCAAAGUUAACCCCUGGAGAAAAAAGAAAAAAGAAAACUGCAGAUCUGAAAAUCUGAUUGCUCGCAUCACUACACAGUCUACGCCAUUCACCUCUUCCCGCGUUUUCAGAUCUUCCGAUCGACUCCUCCUCCUGAAUCUACGCCACGGCUAUUUCUCACAGGGUUCGGAUUGUCUGAUCCUUAUAGCUGGUACUCAUUACAAAUAGAUGUGUAGAUGAGUAACAACCUUUAUUCUUCACCUUCAUUCAUGGAGAGAAUAAAGAGAAUGAAGGUGAGCGUAGAAGGAGAAAAAGUGGUUCUGGUACCAUACAUGAGAGAGCACGUCCAGAAGUACCACGAAUGGAUGCAAGACCCUUCUCUCCUCCAAGCUACUGGUUCAGAGCCAUUAACUCUAGACGAAGAAUAUGAUAUGCAGCUUUCUUGGACCCAAGAUCCCUUAAAACAUACCUUCAUAGUAUUGGACAAGGACCUAAUUGUUGGCGACUUUUUCCAUGGAGACCCUCACGUUGAAGCCAUGGUUGGUGAUGUGAAUAUUUACUUGAAUGACUUGGACGAUUCACAUAUUGCUGAGAUUGAAAUAAUGAUAGCUGAACAAAAACGUCGCGGCAAAGGGCUUGGUAAAGAGAUUGUUCUUUUGAUGAUGGCAUUUGCUGUGAGAAAUUUUGGGGUCAAAAACUUCCGAGCUAAAAUUGGAGAGUCAAAUAAAGCUUCUCUCAGUCUAUUCCAGAAGUUGGGAUUUGCACAAACCUCUUACAGUCAAAUCUUCAGUGAAGUAACACUGGAGUUACCAUUGACAGAGGCAAAAUGUGAGGAGCUUCUUCAACUGAUUGAUAAAAUGGUUAUACAUUCAUAGACCAUGUAUGAUUUUUGUAACCAACGUCUAACUGCUUCCAUAACACAGCAAAGCCCGUCUAGAUUUUUUUAUCGAUGUGUAAUUAGUUGGAAGGUUUUGAAUGAGCUCCCAGUCUGCAAAUGUUUGGAUUUUUUUCUACUGCAAUGGUUUUUAUUGCUUUGGUUAAUUCAAACCUCAUCACAAGAUUUGUUCUGCUUUGUCUGGGUUCCCCAUUUUCUCUAGUGUUUUUUUGCUUGGUGUCUCACUUCGGUUUUCAGAGAAACAUGAGCAGCA